CCUCGUCGGCCUGACCUCAUUGCUGAGGACGAAAAGGAAACGAAGAAGCCCCGUGUGGUCGACAUGACACGGUGCUUCUUUCUCAAGUACGAUGAAGAUGGCAGAAAAAGAAAAGAUGUGCCAAGGGUUUGCAUAGAUGUCAUGUCGAUUCUUCCGAUUCCCGAGGGGAAUAUCGAAUUCAACCAGAACAAGGCAAUUGUUGCAGGUCUCGAUGCAUUAAUUGAUAGGUCCACUGCUCAAAGGGGUGUGGAUGAUGAUGCUUCGUGGGAGCUGUCGGAGUUGAUACUCGCUCCAAUUACGCCUUGUGCGAAUGACCCCAAUGUCCAAGGAACACGUGUUCUUUCGGAGGACUUUGAUUGGAGGCGUGCGAAGGAAUACUUCUAUUACCCGGUUGCUGGGCAGCACACCGCAGAGGCCAUGAAAAGAGCGGUACGUCGGGGAUCUCCUGUUGUUGUCAUUCACGGUUUGCACGAUUAUGACUGCGUGCGUGUUGUUUACUUUGACGACGAUCACAAACAUGGGUAUUCGGUUGUUUUGACAUACGACAACACAAGAGGUGACUGUGCCAUGUUACCGUCGUUCCACCAGGCAUGUGAAGACAUAAGAGGUUUUUGGCGGUUGAAGAAUUACAUCGAGCCUGUUGGUUUCAAGGUGGCUGAAAACGACAUCAACGGUAAAAUGCACCAGGAGACAUGGCGGGAAUUCAUGAGGGUUUGCAUGACCCGGUCAUGUGAAAAAAGCCUUUGGACUGAUGCCUUGCAUCCGAAGUGGCAGCCCGACUGGUCGAACCGGAUGAGAGGAUACAUGAACGUGGCGACGUGUAAGAGGUGGAUAUGGCCGUUGGUGAAAGAGUUUUUUGAGAAGUUCGAAGCAGGAGAGUUGCCACUUUAUGAUGGCAGGUGCCCUAGAGAUAUGUCGGGGAGGCAAGAGGGGAACCUUCCGGGGCAAUAUACGGAAGAAGUCAAUGGGAAAAAGGAGGUGUUCCAUUGCAUCGCGGCUAAGGACAGGGGGCAUGGAGCCACCGUCACCUUCAAAGAUCUCGUUCCAUCAAACUUCAAAUGCUUUGGAGAUAUGACGGCGCGAGAGAAGGAAGUCGCAUUGAGGUUAAUGAUCAACAAGAAGGUCAUAGCCACCGCUAGACAGGUUCCUACGGGGAAGUUGAACAUGAACAACCUCCUCGACAUUAUCAUGAGAGAGAGGUACAUGAUGCGUCUCUUCAACUACAUCGUGUUCAAAUCGGAGAACAAACAGAAGGACGACUGAAACCAAAAGUUCUUCUUCGAUUACAAGGACAUGACAGAGAGGUACGGUGUCACAGCAGAAGCAUGGGACGAGGAAAGGGAUAAAAUCCCUUUGGAGUA